AUGUCUUCGAGAUAUUCUGGAGGUGGAAGUGGAAUUGAGCAGUAUGUACAACAGCUUCCUCUACUUUCAUUGGCGUUUCUUCCGUUGAUUAGUGCGAUUUUCGGGCUGAAAUAUGUCAAUUUGAAGAGUGUUAUUCAUUUUCAGCAGGGAACCCUCGGCUCAUCCCCAUGGCGAGCCGCCACUACAAUGUCAUUUCUCUCCACUCCAAUAUUCUUUGUAUGGUGUCUCUGUGUACCUACUCCAUCUGCAAUUUUCUUUCAAAUUGGUGCAUCGUUAGCUCUUCUUCUGACUACUUUAACGUCUUCCCCGAUUCUUCAUUAUCUACCGUCACCGUCUAUUAGUAUGUACUAUCAGUUGAGAUUCUUGUCGAAGCCAUUGCGGUCAAUAAUCACAAUGACUCAAUGUGUGCUUCUCUCCACAGUCUCCAUAAUUCUUCUCUUUCUCAGUGCCUCUUUUCUCUCAACAAUCACUAAUCUUUCGGUCUAUUUGAUCCUACCAUUAGUUGCUUAUUUUUCAUUAUUCUCUGUGAUAUUCAGUGGACACUCGAGUAUGAUGAAUGCAAGUUUCUUUCUAUAUAUUGUGGUCUCAAUAUCUGGAAUCGGAAUCUUCUUGUACUAUGCAGUUCAAGAUGUUCAAUCGUUUGACACAUUAGUUCCUAUUGAAAAUUUCAGAGUUUCUGAUAUUUUGACUAGUCUGAUGGUUGGGUUCACUGUCAACUUUUAUUUACUGAAUUCCAGUUUUUUGUAUCAAAUCUUUUCCCCCAUGCCAACUAUGCACAAAUUGAGACUCACCCUUACUUUCUACGGAGUAUUCCAGCUAUUCAUCUCCAUUUUUAUCUUCCUUUGCGCCACAAUCUUCCUCAAUUUCCUUCGAGAACACUGCAAGUUCGCCAUGUCGUUUGGAUCAUUUUUUCAAUUUUCAAAAGCAAUUCUUGGAAAUCGAAUCCAAGUUUUCACUGUCUGCGCAUCUUGUCUUUGUAUACUAUCUUUCUGUUUACAAUGGACUAUUAUGUCAUUGAUGACGCUGACUUGGGAAGAAUGUUGGGCUAAACGAUUGAGAUCAUGGAAUCCUAUUCAACAGUUAUGCUCACUUCAAUUUGGAAUGCUCAUUUUGACGACUGCUGUUGUGGUUUUGACGGUGGCAACUAAUUUGGCAAAGAUUCCAGUUGGAAUGCAGCUACCGACUAUCAUUUAUGUCCUUUUCUCUUUGUUCGCCAUAAUUUCGGGAGUGACAAUAUGCGGUUACUACCUUCCAUUUUGCUCAGCAACCGGUGCAAUCUCCAGUUUUCUGCUAACCAUCAUUUUCACUGCUGGGAAUUUGGCCAUAUACUUGAUGAACAACACACCACAAAAGUUUCAAAAUUCUUGUAUCCUUGAAGAUGCAGUUGGAAAUGGAACAGCAGUUUCAAGAUCAAUAAGUCUGGACAGAGUGGUGUAUUUCGUGUCACAUCUUCCACCACAAUCACAACCAAUUAUCAGUUUGAUGAUGUUCGUUAUCAUCUGCACGAUAAUCUCUUUUCUAACCGGUGGUCAAGAUCAAAUGGGUUUGGACUGGAAUCUAAUUGCUUUCACAUGGGCAACAUCAGUCAGAAGUCCUUCCAGUUUCUCAAAACGACAAUUUGUCGUGGCAGCCGACACUGCAGAUUUCAGAUAUGCUCAACAACAGAAUAAUCCGACACCUAGUCCAGAUGUGAAUGCGUUUAGAUGA